CUUGACGCAGCGAGCGUCUCGUACGACUGGUGUGAAUUUGGAAAGUUUGCAUCGUGGAAUCAGGAAGUCCAGUGAAGCUUCCCAGUCCCGGCAGUGCGGAGGACCUCAGAGCUGUUAAAGCCCGUCGUGAUGCUCGCUGGGGCCCCCAGCCGUGAGGGUGACAGCUGAACCCAGGCCUCCUCUCUGUGGAGGAACUCUGCUCUGAUAGUGAUUAACCAGUGGCUCCAGUAGGAAUGUCCUACUGGUCUGUUGGCCUUCCCCAGGACUCUAAAGACACUCCCAGCAACAUGGAGCAACAAAUCGGCCCUGGGGAGGAAAUGGGAGCCAAGGCGUCAUUGGUGGAGGGUCCAGUGCCGGGCUCUGCACUGGUUCCUUCUCCCACUCUGGAGAACAUCCAGGCAGCUUAUGAAGGCGGAGAGGAGGAGGUUGCCAGGGAGUUGAUCCAACAAGCCUGCUGCGUGGAGUGCAGCGCCAGGGUGCCCCGCAUCGAUGGGGUACGUCUCCUGUGUGUGGCAGUUCAGCAUGAUGAUCUGCAGAGUGUAUGUUACCUCCUCAAAGAAGCCCGUAUCACUGUGCCCCAGGAGCCGUCCAACAGCAACCCAGCCAUCCUGGCAGCAUACUACGGACGCACCGGCGUGGUCAAACAGCUGCUGGAUUCUAUACCUGGUCCAUGUCUGAGAAGAGACUUGCUGAACUGGAUGCUGGCCACAUCGUGCCAGCAGGGUCACCUGGACGUGGUCCGACUUCUGGUCCACAGCUAUGAGGCCGACGCCAGGGACUGUGCCAUCCACAGCGAUGAGUUCGCUGUCAUUACGGGCCUGCCACUGUACGCUGCUGCACGAGCAGGUAAUGAAGAGAUAGCUCGCUUCCUGCUGCAGAAUGGAGCAGGGUUCUCCUCAUACACCCUCAUGGACCAUCCAGCAUUCAGCAAACACCUCCUCAGACUCCAACUGCAGGAAAGCUCCAACGCAGAGGGAGAGGAGGCUGUCAGGGUGUGUUGGAGUGGUCUGCAGCUGCCCUGGUUGGAGCUGGACUGGUUCAUGGAUGUCUCAUCGCGUAUCACCCACCUGGAUCUGUCGUCCAACUGCCUGGCUGCUCUGCCCUCUGUGGUGCCCUGGGGUCUCAUCCACCUGCACACUCUGGAUCUCUCUGAUAACCUGCUGGAGGAGCUGCCAGCUGCUUCCAACUCCCAGGAGGUCAUCUGCUCCAGGUUACGGCAGGUGAAUCUCUCUCAGAACCAGCUCACCAGUUUGCCAUCCGGACUUCUCCACCUGACCCGCAUCCAGAGACUCUCUGCCGCCAAGAACCAGCUCACAGUCCUGUUUGACAUCCCUACCACUACUAACUGGAUCGGUCUGCGUAAGCUGGAGGAGCUAGACGUGUCUGACAACUGUCUGAGCAGUCUUCCCUCAGCGGUCAUGCACUGUUUGAAAUCCCUGAGCUUCCUCAACGUGUGCAGGAACAAACUGAGCAGCUUCCCUGACCCCUGGGCCUGUCCGUUGAAGCAAUGCAGAGCUUCCUCCAAUGUGAUCGAGAGUCUUCCGAACACCAUCUCCAUCUUCUGGAGGACUCAGCUGCAGGAGGUGGACUUCUCUGACAACAGCCUGAACGAGCUACCCUCAUAUAUUUUUGAACUGGAGGCCCUGCUCUCGUUGAGAUUAUGUGGGAAUCACAUUGCGACGCUCCCAGCCCCCAAUAAGUGGAAGUGCUCUCAGCUCAGGACCCUCGAUCUUUCCAGGAACCAGCUGGGCAAAACAGAAGAGGGGCCCAAAUCCAGGAGGCUGGCCUUCCUGACAACAUGGAAUAGGAGGGACCCAGACCCAGUGUGUCCUAUAGAGUUUCCCAUGAUUCUGCGGGAUUCACUGGAAGUGCUUUACUUGAACGACAACCAGCUGGAGUGUGUUCCCCAGUCAGUGUGUGGUCUGCACAGUCUCACCGAGCUCUACCUCUCCAAUAAUCUUGGAAUCCGAGAGCUUCCAGCAGAGCUCGGUCAACUCUCCAACCUGUGGCAGCUGGACAUUGAAGACCUCAACAUUACUAAUGUCCCCCAGGACGUGAGAAAAGAAGGUCCUGUGUCUGUCCUGGCCUUCCUCCGGGCACACCUUCGAAAGGCAGAGCCGUAUAAACUGCUGAAGAUGCUUGUGAUCGGUCCACCGCGGCAGGGGAAGACGGCCCUUCUGGAGGUUCUACAGACCGGCAAGGCGUCCCCCUUCACCCCAUCAGAAUGCAGCAUCUCCACCUCCACCUGGGAGCUGGACAAACCUAACUGCGGCAAAAACAGCAAAGAGUGGGUGGCGUUUAACGUGUGGGACAUCGGCGGCCAGGCCAGCAUGUCCACGGUGAACCAGUGUUUCUUCACUGAUAAGGCGCUGUACGUGGUGAUCUGGAACCUGGCUAUGGGGGAGGAGGCUGUGGCCAACCUGCAGACAUGGCUGCUCAACAUAGAGGCGCGGGCACCCAACUCUGCAGUGGUGGUUGUGGGGACACAUCUGGAUCUCAUCGACACCAAGUUUCGCACUGAGAGACUGGCCACGCUGAGGGCUUACGUUCUGGCUCUUUGCCGAUCGCCGUCAGGGGCUCGAGCCAGCGGUUACCCAGACAUCACCUGCAAACACCUGCAUGAAGUGUCCUGUAAGACCCUGGAGGGUUUGGAUGGGCUGAAGAAGCUGCUCUACCAGGUGGCUUUCUCCAUGAAAGACAGCAGCAGCUCAGCUUUUGGCAGUAAGCAGCUGGGCAGACUGAUCCCCAGGAGCUACCUGACACUUCAGGAAGCAGUGGUAGUGGAGAAGCAGAGGCGAGAUGCUGGAGGAGAGGUCCAGUACCUAACCGAUACCCAGCUGGACCGCAUUGUUGAACAGAACCCAGGAAGUGACAUCAGAGACUAUGAGGACCUGCAGACUGCCAUCAGCUUCUUAAUAGAGACAGGGACCUUGCUGCACUUCCCUGACACCAGCCAUGGCCUGUGUACCCUCUACUUCCUGUGCCCUGUUUGGCUGUCAGAAUGCCUGGAGAGGAUCAUGCACCUCAAAUCCUCUCGCUCUGUAGCCAGGAACGGAGUGAUCCGAGCUGAAGACCUCAGGAUGCUGUUGGUAGGAACAGGGUUCACCCAGCAGACAGAGGAACAGUAUUUCCAGUUUCUAGCCAAGUUUGAGAUUGCACUCCCUGUGGCCAACAACAGCUAUCUGCUGCCCCAUCUCCUUCCCCACAAGCCAGCCAUGGACAUCCAUGGCUUCCGGCAGCAGACCAACAACACCCUGCAGCGCCUUGUAAAGAUGAGCUUUGUUCCUGCCGGAUUUUGGGAGCGCUUCAUCGCCAGGAUGCUUAUCAGCCUGACAGAGAUGGACCUGCAGUCAUUUGAGACCAAAAGAAACACCAGGAGCCAGCGCAGCAGGAGCUCUGUGAUCUACAGCUUUACUGGAACCCAGCAGAGGAACCGUUGCAGCACCUUCAGAGUCCGCCGCAGCCAGACCAUCUACUGGAAGGAGGGGCUUCUGGUCACUUUUGAUGGAGGUUACCUCAGCGUGGAGUCGUCAGAUGUCAAUUGGAAGAAGAAGAAGAGCGGAGGCAUAAAGAUCAUCUGCCAGUCGGAGAUGAGAGAUUUCUCCGCCAUGGCCUUCAUCACAGAUCACGUCAACUCUCUGAUCGAGCAGUGGUUCCCUGCUUUGACGGCCAGUGAGAGUGAUGGGAGUCUCCUCAUAGAGCAGUACGCCCCCUGUCCCCUCUGUGCCUCACUGGGCCAAGACGAAGAGAAAGGAGGACAUGGAAGAGAUGAUGAUGAAGCAGGAGGUGCAGGGGUUCAUUACUUUAACAUGGAGGACUGUGUGCUGGCUGCAGUAGAGAAAGAGUACAUCAUCUGUCCUCGGCACCCUGAGCAGCCAGUCAGCCUUCAGGAGCUGGUCCCAGAACUCUUCAUGACUGACUUCCCUGCACGGCUCUUUUUGGAGAGGGCCCAGCUGGAGUACUCUGAGGGGGAGAAUGACAUCCUUGGCCAGGGCGGCAGUGGGACCAUCAUCUACCGAGCCCGAUAUCGUGAUCAGCCGGUGGCUGUCAAGCGCUUCCACUUCAAGAAGUGUCGCCAGCUGACCAUCAGCAGUGACACAGGUGGACAUGUUUUCCUAUGGCAUGGUGCUGUAUGAGCUGCUGUCUGGGCGGAGACCAGCACUCGGACAACACCAGCUUCAGAUAGCGAAAAAGCUCUCCAAAGGCAUCCGGCCUGCGCUGGGCAGUCCAGAGGAGGUUCAGUUCUGCUGCCUCCACAGCCUGCUGACUGAAUGCUGGGACACCAAACCCGAGAAGAGGCCGGUGGCCAUGAGGUGUCUGAGGCAGAUGCAGGAGCCCAGCUUCCCCUGCCCUCAGGUACAUGUUGUCCCUGGUGACAGCCGUCGCCAGCUCUUCCUGUCCCAGUUUAGUGGAUACAGCGCUGUGUUCUGGAACGGAGACAAGGAAGAGGACAGGAACUACAGUGUGGUGAAUGUGGAGAAGGGCCAGGUGGAGGUGAAGAGGAUGUCCUGUCCUGGCAGUAAGAUCAGCUGUCAGAUGAAGAUGGGUAACACCCUAUGGAUGGCCACUGAGGAGCAGGAGGUGUUCAUCUACAGCCUAAAGGACAUGUGUCCACUCAGUCAACCCCAGAAACAGUUCUCCUGUCCAGCCAUCAUCACCUGCCUGUUCCCUGUUCCAGCAAGAGAGCAGAGCCUGGCCAGAGUGUUUGCGGGGAUGUCGGACGGCCUGCUGGCAGCGUACAGCUUGGUGGAUGACCUUCCUCUGGAGGGGGAGACCUAUCUGUGCUCGCACACCCUUAAUAAGACGGUGUUUGGUCUGAAGGACUCGGAUCCCAGGCAGAGACCCUACCCAGUCAGGAGCAUGGCUUUGGUCGGCAGUGGCUCCCAGUUAUGGUUCUCCAACGGUCCGGGCGUGCUGGUCAUCGACUGCCUGACUCUUCAGGCGGUCCGAAGGCUGGAGCCCUACAACCCGCCGUCCUCCAUCGUUGCCAUGACAACCAGCUUUAGUCUGUGGGGAGAGGAGGCCGUCUGGACCCUGGAUGACCACACCAACACCCUGCUGCUCUACCACGCUGCUUCCUACCAUCUCUGUGCCAAGUACUGCUGCAGAGACAGCAAUCCUCUGCGGGACGUCUUCACUGUGCAGCGUCCUGCAAGGGUUACCAUGGUGACGACCACUGACCUCAAGACCGCAGACCAAGAAGAGAAGCUGGAAUGGAGUAAGGGUGAAGUGACAUUGAUCUACAGUGAGGAGGCGGGCACUCAGAUCAUUCAGCACCAGGAUUCUCUGACAGACUACUGCUCCAUAUCAUCCAACUGCUCCCUGGAGCGGCCGGGGUCAGACUGUUCCAGCACUGCGGGCCUCGGCUCAUUAGCCAGCCGCAGCAGUGCACCGCUUCCUGCAGACUGGGAGGAGACGGGCGGGGACCAGGAUCAGCACCAGCAGGGGUCCGCCAACCCUGAGUCUUAUCUGGACUCCGCAGAGAUCGUGGACCCCACACCGCCUCAUUUGCAAGCCUUCACUGUGCUGCCGGUGAACGGAACUCUGUGGAUCCCCAGGCGUGGAGGAGAUGUGAUGGUCAUCGAAGUGCAGUCACAUGCCGAUCAGCUGAGGGGGCGUGUCAUCGCUGUCCUCAGUCCACCUGGAUGUUCCUCUUUGGGGAUCCUGGAGGAGGCCGUGCUAGUGGCAAAGGACACAGUUGUAUGUGGCUUUCAUAAGGAAAACAUGGAGUGGUGCCUGUGUGUCUGGAGGGGCUGGGGCUGCCACGAGCUGGAAGUCUUCUACCAGUCCUACGAGGAGCUGGGCCGCUUGGAGACCAGCAUGAGGAAAAGAAGGUAGCUGUUGUGCUGCGACGGCGAGGGCGCAGAAUCACAGCUCUGUACGGAGGGCGAGCUGAGGGGGAAUACGCGCCGACAGACCGCCAGUGUUCAGAGCAGUGGGGGCUGCCGAACGCUGUCAUCAGGGCAACAUGGGAAGGGGGGAGGUGUGCCGCAAGGGCCGAGCCUCAAGCUGUGAACAUGUCCCCUCACUACAUGCUUUAGUACCAGUAAUAAGUUAAGACCUGAGAAAUCUGUAAUCCCACAAAGCUGAGUCACAGAUCCCAGUUGCCAGAACAAAACUUGGAGGCGAUACUAACUGUCUUCUGCACAGAGGCUUUAAUGUUGGUUGCAUUUUAAUAUUUAGCACUAUAUGCUGUUUGGCCCCUGGCAGCAGUCAGUUUGGUAUCACUGGGAUUCAGUUCAAGAUGUGGCGGACUGUUUGUGUCUCACUCCAGCUGCUGCAAUCCAUUGUUUACCCAUUGUCUAUUUCAGUUUUCCUCCAUUUAACUAUUCCAGUCUGCCACUUUGUGCCCUCUGGAGGUGACAGGGACAUUCUUAAGGGACAACUAUUGACUGUUUUUAAAUGAAUUGAAGUUGGAGUUAAGCUGGUGCUGCUGGGAAACAGCUGUGUUUUAGGAACAAACAGCAGGUUGUGGAUGGUGGUGACACUGACACUCACACACUCAGAACACUGUGUUCUUCUUUUUUUCCUGUAUAUUUUAGCCCUAAACUGUGUCAUAUGAAUCUGCAUGCCAGCCACAGCCCCCACUGUUACCAGAGUGGCCUGCAAGCAACAAACUAACAUCUGUGUUCUGUGCAACAUUAUGUAACAGGCCAGUGGUUCUCAGAUUUUGCCAUCAAAAUCUAGUGCUUUUGGCAGGUUCUUUCAGAUAAAAGAGCACUUUUUAAAAAUGAAGCUCCAUUCUGGCUUCGUACCCCACACUGUGUUCCUUGCUCGACUGUAGCAUCUGUACCUCAAAGGCGGAGAAAAUCAUCUGAAAAGAUGAAACAUGUUCUUGCCGUUUUCAGGCUUUCAGAUUUUCCCAACAUGCACAAAGGAUUCACAUGAAAUGAUGCGGUAUAUACUGGACACGAUGCGGAAGACGGAAGCUGGUGCAUGUUUACAUUUUACACAUUGUAGAAGAAGUAAUUGAUCAAGGAGUGUUUGCUGCUCUGAAUGGGUCAAUACGCACAACACACUUUUUGCUCUGUGCUCCAAUAACAGAUGAGCAAGCCUCUGUCAGAACAUCGGUCCACUUUCUCCUGUCCUGUACAUAAAUAUGCUAUGUGCUAGGCUAAUCUAUGUUGGAAAGAAGAUGGUUACAAAUAAAUGUGACAUAUAGUCACAUCUGGAGUUAAUUAAUGUUAGCAAAACUCUAGAUAACUAGCCAGCUAAUCUACAUUAAUUGUUAGCUAGUUAGUUACAGUUAGCAAAACUCUAGAUGGUUAGCUAAUCAAUAAUCAUUAGCUGGCUACUUACAGCUUAUCGCUGAUGUUAGCAAAACUUUAACUAAUUAGCUAGCUAAAUAUUGAUGUAGUAGCUAGUUAGCUACUGUUUUGCUAACAUUAGAGUUAUAAGAUAUAUACUUCUUUUUUUUAACCAUGUUCAAAAUGUGGUUGUCUUUUCAACAUAGAUGAGCCUAGCACGUAGCAGAUCUCAGUACAGGAAAGGAAAACGUUGUCUCAAAUAGAACCCUGGGACCUGUAUUAUAAAAAUACCCACCACAGUUUUCACAAAGUUCAAAUAAUUGAUUUCAGCUCCCAUGAGGCUUUCACAGUAUGUCAGUAUCUUAUCAGGGGUAUGUUGUAAAAACCAAGAAAAUAAUAUUUUAUCCUCGGUUAGAAUGACAUGGCGCUGUUGAAAGAAACCCUGUCUUGCGUUACAGAUGCCAGUGGAACGGAGGCGAUGCACAAAAGGGGUCAGACUUUGCUCCUGUUUUCAUUCUCCCUGGCCUAUUCACACAGGAGUAGUGUUACCAGAGGACCUAAGGAGAUAGAACAGAUAGACACAGACACUAUCUGUGUACUGACCAAAACAACAGGAUUAUGUCCCAAAGAAGACCAAAGCAGAUAGAUUGUGUCCAUUCUGUUUCUUACCAAAUCACAUCAGUAAUUUCUUCUGCAGCACCCAUGACCCUACUGCAAGAAAGGGGGGAAAAAAAGGCAGGAAAAAUCUGAAAAUGAACCUUAAUGAAUGAGAUGCUGAAUCAGGCGGGGCUAAUGCUAAUAUUAUCAGAUUGGGUCAGUUUGGUGAAGUAUUGAAAGUCAUUUCAAGAAGCAUUUUUACGUAACAGAGACAGAUUCAUGCAGGAUUAAAAGCAGGGCACAAAGGCUGAGAAUCCCAGUAGGAGACCGCAUGGUUUUACAUAUUUAAAUCAUUUUAUUUUUCCACUUGAAUAGUUUUGUUAACUUAAGUUGGCAGAUUUGCAUCUCAACAGUGGCCAGUAAAGAUCUGUAUAUAUUCCAGAACAGCCUUAUAGUAAGGCAGAACUUAUUUAUUUAUCAGAAUGUAUAAUGAAAGGGUAUUGUAAUAGAAGUUGUUGUGUAUAUGAUCACUGUAUAAUAUGGUACUUAAUAAAGUUCUUAGU